AACACAUUUGAUCUCUCAUGUUUCAAUAAUUUAACAAUUUUGAUCCUUUCUGUCAAUUUACCAUUAGUUUGUCAGAUAGAGAUGGACACACACUUGAUUCGGUUAGUUUUAAUGAAAAAAUGACGGAAAUGUAUUGUUGUAAAUACGAGGGACCAAAUGUGGAAUUAGUGCAAACUUGAAGGAUGAAAAUUGUAUUUUUCCUAAAUUUCAUGGAUCAACAAAUUAUAUUGGGUGUUAACAUAACCUCGGAUUUAUAAUUAUACCAGUGUAUCAAUUGAUAACUACAUAUUUUAAGUAUUUUAAAACCAAUAUUAAAAAAAAUAAAGAAUAAUACACGUGGAGGGAAAUGCGCCAAUUACAGAAUUCAGUAUGCAGUUUCCGCUACUCUGGGGGAAUACUGAUACAUUUAUUUGCCACGUAUCACACACACUCACAAACACACACUUCAGAAACAAAAAAUAUUAAAAAUAAAAUAUAAUAAAGUAAAAGAAGAAAUGAACGAAGAAGAAACAUGUUCUUGACGUUUUAAUCCCCAACAAAUAACAAUAAUUGCAGUUUAGCCCACACAAUCAUCACCAGUGAAGAUCAUAAGCGAGGAAGAAGAAAAGCAAUGAGAUAUGAAGAAAUCUCGAAAUGCUGAGCCGAAGAAACUGAACGACGAAUUGGGCAAAAUUAGGGCGAAUAAUCAUACUAAUAAGCUUGAUUUUGACGAUAAAAUUGAUAGGAAAAGCCUUUUCAAUCUCUCUGCUGUUCCGUUGUUCUUCUCCUUUUGGUGUUUCGCCAUUUUUUUCAAUUCUAAAUUCGGCAUCACUGAUGGAAAUGAAGGGGAUUUGCUACCGUACAAUGUGAGCUUAAACAACUCCAAGAUCGAAAAUAGAUACGAAAAUAUCACUAGCGGAGUAGUAGUACAAUCGAAUCUAUCCGCAGCUAUCAACGACUCCACUUCUCACGAAGAUUCAGACCAAGGAACAAGCGAAGUCGAAGAACUAAUCUCAUUCGUGUUAGAUUACAAUUCACUCACAUGUCAAAUACAACAACAAGAACAUGCCAGCAAAACCGAACCAGAAACGACCCCCAAUGUGAGAAUCCAGUUAACUUAUCCGAAUCUCGACGAUUUCAAAUACAUUUCCCGGCAAGAAAAAGUCAACUCUCAGAGUCAACUAGUCAACAUCACCCACAGGCUCGAGCCAGAUGGGAAGCCCUACAACUACGCCUCGGCUUCAAAGGGCGCGAAAGUCUUGGCCCAUAAUAAAGAAGCAAAAGGAGCAAGUAAUAUACUAGGCAAAGACCACGAUAAAUAUCUUCGAAACCCGUGUUCUGCUGUAGGUAAAUUUUUCGUAAUCGAACUUGCGGAUGAAACUUUAGUCGAUGCGGUGAAAAUAGCGAAUUUCGAACACCACUCUUCGAAUUUCAAAGAUUUUGAAUUAUACGGGAGCUUAGUUUACCCAACCGAGACAUGGAAUUCAUUAGGGUCUUUUGUAGCGGCAAAUUCAAAACACGCACAGUGCUUCGAACUGCCCGAGCCAAAAUGGGUUCGGUACUUAAAAGUCAACUUACUUAGUCAUUAUGGAUCGGAAUUUUAUUGUACAUUAAGUGUUGUGGAGGUUUUUGGAGUCGAUGCAGUUGAGCAAAUGCUCGAGGAUCUUAUCGUCACUUCGGGGGAAUCUUCGACUAAUCGAUCUCCAAACCCUAAUUCAACUACAACGACAACCUUAACAACAACAGUGCAAGAACCUAGUUCGAAUAAUCUUGAAAUAAAUACUUCUUCUGCUAAUAAUAAUUUGGUUGAGGCUAAGGAUGUGGGAAGUGGUGUUGAUGAGGGGCAAAAGGGUAAUUCGGAUAUACCGAAAAAACCAUUGCCUGUUGAUCCUGUGCCUAAGGCUAAUAGAUUGCAUGCCGAUGCGGCACUAAAGGUGGUUUUGCAGAAGGUGAGAUUAUUGGAGAUGAAUUUAUCGGUUCUUGAGGAGUAUAUUAAAGAACUUAAUAAAAGACGAGGGGAUUUUUUCCCGGAGCUUGAUAAGGAGCUAGCAAAAUUUUCGGCUCUCUUGGAGAGGAGUAAAGUGGAGAUGAAGAGUUUAUUGGAAUGGAAGGAGAUAAUGGAGAAAGGGUUUUUUGAGCUCGAGUCGUGGAGAGGUGUUGUAUCGGCCCAAAUGGAUGUCUUGGUCACACAAAAUAGCAUGCUGAGGCUAGAGGUAGAAAAGGUUUUACACGACCAAGCUAGUUUGGAAAACAAAGAGCUCGCUAUUCUAACAGUGACCUUUUGCUUUGCCUGCAUUUCGAUUCUCAAAAUAAUUUCGGAAAUGUUUUUCAGAUAUUUUGUGGCCCCCACUCCUGGUGCAAUUUUUCGAUCAAGUAGAGGUUGGAUUUUAAUUCUCGUAUUCUGUAGCAUGACAAUGCUCAUACCGGUGCUUUAUGGUUAGUUUAUCUAACUCUACGUUUAGAACUGUCGAUACUAGCAGAAAUAUAUGUACACACAUAUAUAUAAGCUUCCGACACGUGAAUGUAUCACAUGUAUAAGCUCGGUACAGCUUGUCUAUUUAUUUUUAUUUUUUCGGGUUGUGUUUGAGUUUCGCAAGUGUGAGAUUCGUUAGAUAAUUUUCAUCCGGUUACACGUAUUUCGUUGUCUGAGAUGUUUUUGUAAGAUGUUGUACAUCACUUUGUGAAUGAUGUUUUAACAUGGUUGGUUGGAAGAGAGGAGGAAAUGAAAGAAAGAAAGAAAAAGCAAAGGUUUUUUUUUGCA